AUGGUUGAAUCACCACCUUUGUGGACAAAUAUAAUCCUGGUUCUCAUGAGGGCAUCCAGGAAGGUGCUGGAUGAAACUGGUAAUCAGGAUUUGUGUUUCUACAACUUCUGGUGUGCUCAUCCUCUUGGUUCACUCAGUGAUUUUAACCAUGUUUUUUCAAACACUGGUUAUAUCCUCUUCGGUGUACUGUUUGUUGUAGUGUGCGCUCGUCGCAACCACCGUCAUGCUCGUGCUGUGCAAAUUGAUUAUAAAAUUGAUAAGUAUUAUGGCAUUCCCCAGCACUUUGGCAUAUUUUAUGCCAUGGGUGGCUCUCUCAUCAUGGAAGGUCUACUCAGUGCCUGCUACCAUGUUUGUCCCAAUAACUCAAACUACCAGUUUGAUACAUCAUUCAUGUAUGUCAUUUCGGUGCUCUCCAUGCUGAAGAUAUACCAAACGCGUCACCCGGACAUUAAUGCAAGUGCUAGUGCAACCUUUGCUGCCUUGGCAGUGGCAGUUCUUCUUGGUGUGAUUGGUGUCUUAUCAGGAAGUCUUGCAUUUUUGAUCAUAUUUGGCAUGAUACAUGUUAUCUCCUGCCUCCUCCUAUCAUGUUACAUUUAUUACAUGGGAAGAUGGAAAUGUGAUAUGGGGCUCUUCAAGCGUAUGAAAGCUUGGUUCUUAAGUGAGUUUAGUGAUUGGCGACAAAUUGGCCGUCCCAUGUAUUGUGACCGCAUGGUGCUACUGUUACUGGGAAACGUUGCUAACUGGGGUCUGGCCAUUUAUGGAAUAGUGACAACACCCAAGGAUUUUGCCUCAUACCUACUCAUUAUAUUUCUGACUAACCUUCUCCUGUAUAUCGCAUUCUACAUAAUAAUGAAGCUACGCCACAAAGAACGGCUACAGCUUCAGCCACUUGUGUAUCUUGUCUUGUGUCUGCUGGGGUGGGCAGCAGCUAUUUUCUUUUACACACAACACACCACCACCUGGGAGUUGACACCAGCACACAGUCGUCAGUAUAAUCAUGAGUGUUUGCUGCUUCACUUCUAUGAUACGCAUGAUAUUUGGCACUUCUUAUCUGCUGGGGCCAUGUUCUUUGGUUUUAUGUUACUACUUACUCUGGAUGAUGAUCUGGCUCAGACUCCACGAGAGAGAAUUCCAGUCUUCUAGUAAGCCAACAGGUAGUAGGUUGGUAGACAGCAACCGCCCAGGGAGGUACAGUGGACCCCCGGUUCCCGAUAUUAAUCCGUUCCUGAGAGCUCAUCGUAAACCAAAAAUAUCGGAAAGCGAAUCAAUUUUCCCCAGAAGAAAUAAUGGAAAUCAAAUUAAUCCGUGCAAGACACCCAAAAGUAUGAAAAAAAAAACUUUUACCACGUGAAAUAUUAAGUUUAAUGUAUUAGAAUAAUUACAAUAACAACAAUAACAGUGGAUUAAUAACAAUAGAAUAUAAUUGACACUUACCUUUAAUGAAGAUCUGGUGAUGAUUGAUGGGAUGGGAGGAGGAGAGUGUGUUGAACCUAUUGCAUAGAAGGGGAAUCCCCCUCCAGUAGCACUGGAGGUAUCAAGUCUUUUUCCGGGUUUACUUCCCUUCUUCUUUUAAUGCCAUUAGGACCAGCUUGAGAGUCACUGGACUUCUGUCGCACAACAUAUCUGUCCAUAGAGACCUGUACCUCCCGUUCCUUUAUGACUUUCCUAAAGUGGUUCACAACAGUGUCAUUGUACAGGUUGCCAACACGGCUUGCAGUAGCUGUCUGAGGGUGAUUUUCAUCAAAGCCACUUUGCACACAUUUCCCUAAUCUUAGAAGUAGGCAACUGCUUCACUUUCUUUAUCCCCUCCACCGAAGCAGUUUCCUCAGGUCUGGCCUCUUGCUGUUGAAGAUGAUCUAGCAGUUCAUCAGUGGUUAGUUCGUCAUUGUCCUCCUCCACCAACUCUUCCACAUCCUCCCCACUAACCUCCAACCCCAAGGACUUUCCCAAUGCCACUUUCGUACUUUGCAGUUACCUCUUUUUUCAUUUCAAUAGUCAGUAGCACCCUUGGUCUGGAAGGGUUGGCACUAGAAGCUUUCUUGGGGCCCAUGGUGACUUAUUUUGCAGAAACAAGCACCAAAAACAGUGAUAAUAUGGAAUGUACUGAAUGUAUCCUUUGAUGCGUGCACACUGGCUGGCUUGUAAACACUGGUACACACGGGGGAGUUCAGGCCACAAUUGGACAUGUCUCGUAUCGCAUACCGGGUUUUGUAUCGGGAAGCGAGGCAAAAUUUUUUCAAUCAAAUGCAUCGGCAACCGAAUUUAUUGGAUACCGGUAACAUCAGGAACUGGGGGUCCACUGUACUACCGUCCUGCCAAGUGACUGUAAAACGAAAGCCUGUAAUUGUUUUACAUGAUGGUAGGAUUGCUGUGUCUUUUUUCUGUCUCAUAAACAUGCAAGAUUUCAGGUACGUCUUGCUACUUCUACUUACACUUAGGUCACGCUACACAUACAUGUACAAGCAUAUAUAUACACACCCCUCUGGGUUUUCUUCUAUUUUCUUUCUAGUUCUUGUUCUUGUUUAUUUCCUCUUAUCUCCAUGGGAAGUGGAACAGAAUUCUUCCUCCGUAAGCCAUGCGUGCUGUAAGAAGCGACUAAAAUGCCGGAAGCAAGGGGCUAAUAACCCCUUCUCCUGUAUAAAUUACUAAAUUUGAAAAGAGAAACUUUUGUUUUUCUUUUUGGGCCACCCUGCCUCGGCGGGAUAUGGCUGGUUUGUUGAAAGAAGAAGAAAGUAUAUUAUUUACACUAUAGUUAAUUAAUUGCUACAACAUUGGUGCCAGUAUGUGUGUACUGUGUAUGCAUGAUUUAAUUUUUUAACAUAUCAAAUCAACCACUUCCCACUAAGGUAGGGUGACACAAAUAAGGGAAAACUUGUUUACCAUCACUCAUUUGUUAGUUCUUUCCAGUAGAGCAUGGCCAUCACAAUUCAUAUAUAAUCCACUGAAUUACAACUUCCUCACUCAAGCUUUGAGUGCAGACACUGUACUUCCCACCUUCUGCACUCAAGUUCUGCUAACCAGUUUCUUUGAUUCCAUUCAUAAACCCUGCUUUGCUUACCCUUCAACAGCAGGUUGUGUAACAAUAAAAAAAAAACUUGUCUCUGGCUAGUUUGUCAUUUCGUUGAUUUUAAUAUAUGCUCCAUACCCAUCCUAUGGGUGGUAGUCAAAAAAAAUAGGAGGUUCAUAACAGAUCAAGGAAGUGGUCCCCAACAUUUCUGUCUUCACUACUCUGCUCUGACACACAUACAUGCCUGCUGGAUGCUUACCACCCAAACCCUUAACAUCAUCCUUUCACCCCUUCCAGAUAUUCAAGAUUUAUAUACUCUCUUGAUAAACUUAUGUUCUUAUGUUGUUCCAUCAUCUUUCCUAAAGGGUUAAAUUUUUUUUUUAUUAUUACACAGAUCACUUUUACUAGCACCCAGGUACCUACUUACUACUAAGUGAAGAGGGGUAGCAGGUGUAAGGAAACAUGCUCAGUGUUCCCACGCAUGCCAGAGAAUGAAUCAAGACAGUAAGUGAGCUGAGUGCAUUACCAAUGGAACCACAGGACUCUACAGAUCUCUAAAUUAUAUCUUUCAGAUUACUAUACUGUCUUAUAAUUUCUUCAUUUGACAUACACUUUAUAAUAGUCAUACCACAAAUUGAUCUUGAAUACAUCACUACCUCCAGCCUCCUCCUCCUUAUUGCAGCAUUCAAAGGCCUUGUCUCACUUAUCUCACAUACAUACAAAAGUGCUGGCACAACUAGAUGGGCUGUUUUGGACCAAGGCAGGGUGGCUCAAAAAAGAAACACACUAACCAUCAUUUACACUAUCACUGUCUUGUCAGAGGCAUGCAAAUGCGACAUUUCAGAUGUCCAUCCUAACAUCAACUCUCCCAAGCCCCUCUAGAGUGCAGGCACUGUACUUCUUACCUCCAGGACUUAAGUCCGGCUAACUGAUUUUCCUGAACUAAAUCCCUUCACAUAAUAUUACCUUACUCUCACUCCAAUGGCUCGUCAGGUCCUAAAAACCAUUUGUCUACACUCACUCCUAUCUAAUAUGCUCACACAUAUCCAAGCCCCUUGCACACAAAACCUCCUUCAUCCUUUCCCUCCAUCCUUUCCUAGGAUGAUAGAUAGAUACAUACAUGCAUACAUACAUAUAUACAGACAUCUUCUUUCAACACACUGGUCAUACAAGAACUAGAAAGAAAAUAGAAGAAAACCCAGAGGGGUGUGUGUGUAUAUAUAUGCUUGUACAUGUAUGUGUAGUGUGACCUAAGUGUAAGUAGAAGUAGCAAGACGUACCUGAAAUCUUGCAUGUGUAUGAGACAGAAAAAAAAAGACACCAGCAAUCCUACCAUUGUGUAAAACAAUUACAGGCUUCCGUUUUACACUCACUUGGCAGAACGGUAGUACCUCCCUGGGCGGUUGCUGUCUACCAACCUACUACCUAGGAUAUACAGACAUACUCACACGUAUGUACAGACAUACUCACACAUAUAUACAUAGAUACAUAUACAUAGACAUAUGUACAUUCAUUUAUUUUAUAGUGAAUGUAAGUACACACUGUUUAACCCUUUGACUGUCACAAGCCCCUUUCUGAAACUGUCAUUCUAUGUCGCAAAAUUUUUGGAAAAAAAAAAAAUGAUUUUUUCUUAUGAAAUGACAGAGAAUCUUUUCCCAAUGGUAAUGACAGCAAAGGUACAAAAUUUGGUCGAAAACUCACGGAAUUACGCUCCCGCAAAGUUAGCGGUCUCGGCGAUAUAUACGCAUCGGCAAUUUCGCUGACUUUCAGCCCUGUUUUUGGCCAAUUCCGUUGUUCCAGUUGACCAAACUUUAGAACUCCAUUUUUUUCUAUCAAUUGAGUACAAGAAACAGCCCAUUUUCCGAUUUGAACUACCCAAUAAAGUGGUCAGAAAUUGGCAAUUUGGCCAAUUUCAUGCAAAUUAAAAAAGAUGCCAAUUUCAAAAUAGGGUCCAGAAUAAACAAUGUAAACAUUCUUGGCACUAAAAUAACAUAUCCUCUGUUCAUUAGUCACAUCUCUAGGCCCCUCUUAUAUUACUAUUGCUUUCUAUUUUGAUUUUUUAUUUAUACAAAAAAUAGAAGAUUUACUGUUAUGCAUACUACUGCAUUAUUGUUAAAAUGGUAUUAAUAAUAUCAGUGUACUAGUACUAGUGUACUAGUAAAUAAUUCCAGUGUACUAGGAAUAUUAGACUCCCCAGUUGAUGUGUAUUGGACGUGUGGUGUGAUUUGCUUACUCUUGAACAUUGGUACAAAUCGAACAUUUCCGAUACUUUGAGCUCAAUUUCAAUGUUGUUUUCAUCGUGAAACUAAUCAAAAUCAUCUCUAUUUCUGCAAUGUGUUUUCCAUUUUAUCACGUGAGACCAUGAAAAUGAGAAUACAACGAUAAAUACUAUAUGAAAAUACACCUCAAAGUCUGCGUUUUAAUCCAAAAAAACGGUCAGAAAUAUUCAAAAUUAUUUCUGAAUUUCAUCGAAAUUUUAUGGGCUUUUUGAAAAAUAUGUAUUUUCUCAUUAUGCACUGCAUGCUGCAGAAUUUUUUUUAUAUGGUGUACACUGAUCACACAGACCCAUUCUCUCACAUGUGGGCCUACCAGCUUUCUCGUGCUAGAUUUGAAGCCGCUAGAAUUACUGAGUACAUAUACGUCCGAAACACUGGCUCAUAAGACAUAUACGUAUAUACGACCAAAACAGUCAAAGGGUUAAGUUCCUAAGAUUUACCUCUCAUCUUACAGAAAGAUAUAAGAUGUAUUUGCUUGAAAUAAAAUAGUAUGUAAAUUAAAAGUUUUGUAGUAAGUUAUCCUAGCAACCUGACAUGAUUUUGAUAAAUUUAUGUCAUUUGGUGUAAUAUACUGUACCGGUAUCUUAAUCCUAACUUACCAUAGUAAUAGCAGCUUAAAUUAGGUGACAUAUAUGCCUUUCCAACACACACACUAACUGACAUCACUGAAAGUCCCACCUUUGAUGCAAGGCUCUCUCUCUGAUUUUUUAUCAGAAACUAACCUACUACACCAACUUUGAUUUAAAUUUUACUCUUGCACUAACCCCCACCUUCACUAAUGCCUACCUCUGCACUCCUCUUCACCUCACCUUUGAACAUUCCUCCUUUUGUACUUUUCACAGCUCUGUAUGACCCUUCUGUAUUUAGCACUUAAUUUGAUUAUACUAUUAUUAUUAUUACUGAAUUAAUUCCAUACUAGUUAUUAGUGAAAUAUCACACAGUAAUAAUUUUGAAAUGUACCAACUGAUUUUUGUUAUGUUUAAUAAAAAUAUAUGCUUCACUUAUUAUUUUUAGAUAAGGCAAGUUCAUCUUAAGACGCACAACACACAUCGAGUACAUACAUACUGUAUGUAAAUAAAUCACAAGUGGUGGAAAUAGAGCUUGAGACCUUUUGGCUUUGGAGCAUAACCAUUGUUAGAAACUAGGUCAGAUAACUGGGUUGAAAUAGAACAUAUGUUUUCUCAAACAUCCUUGGUCCUCUUACUUGAUAAGGCAUGAGUUGCCUAUUUCAACCCUAUUGCCUGACCUCUAUCUCAGGAACCAAAUGACUUCAAGCUCUAUUUCUACCCUCUUUUGUUUGUUUGCAUACCCUAGUCAUCUGUUUGCAACUUCAUUGACUCUUAAUUUGACCCUGGUAAUUUUGCUUCCAGUAAUUUGACCCACAAUCAAUAGUUUGAAUUGAAAAGUUAAAAAUUAGGUUAUUUAACUAAGCCUAUGCUGAACUACCCUACUUGAACUUUAUCUAAUCUUACCUAACCUAAUCUAAUUUAAUCUAAUCUGACUUGCAUUAGCCUAAUAUAUUCUAAAGUAACUUAAUCUAACAGAAUCCAACCUAACCUACCUUCAUCAAACAUAGCUUAGCUUCAUCUAACAUAGUCUAACUUUAUCUAACAUAGCCUAACUUCAUCUAACUUUAACCACCCCAACUGAAUCAAACUUAACCAUAAAUGUUUAAAUAACUGUUUAAUAUGAAUGUUUUAAUUAGUGGCUUUAAUAAAUGUUUAUAUUAAUGUUUUAAAUGUUUAAUGUUGAUUUUUAAUAUGGGGAGUGAAAUCACCAGGAGUGAAAAUUACUGGGAGUCAAAUUAUUGGCCACCCUAUUUUGCAUGCAUUAUGUAUAUGAGUAUAUAUGAAUAAGUACAGUACACAAAUGCAUAUUAUUUACUUAUUCAUAUGCACUAUAUAAUGCAACUUUCACAAUGUUGACAUGAUGUAUUCUUUGUUGUUUCUAAGUAUUUAGUUUCAACACCAUUGGGUUGUCUAGUGAGUUUUCAGGUGAGAGAACACACUCUUAGGAUGAGAAAAAGUCCUGUAAUGGUUGUUGAGGUAUCAUUGUAUAGUGUAUACUGUAGUCUACUCUGGCAUUUUAUAAGUGGCAUCUCUUACAGUUAGAGAGGAGCCUGAUUUAAGAAUAAAUAACAAAUUGCAAGACUUAUUUUUGUUUUUAUAUAUUGAUAUUAAUAUGUAUAUAUAGAAUAGCAUAAAGAGUUUUACAUAGAA